UCUCAGUCGUCGUUUUUUUCAUUCAACCAAAAUGUCGAUCGGCACCCCUAUCAAAGUGCUGCACGAGGCCGUCGGCCAUAUUGUGACGAUUGAGCUCAAGACGAGCGAGGUGUACCGUGGCAAGCUCUUCCAGGUCGAGGACAACAUGAACUGCCAGCUCGAGGACAUCACCUUCACAUCGCGGGACGGCCAGGUCUCGCGUCUGCAGCAGGUCUACAUUCGCGGGUCCAAGGUCCGCUUUUUCAUCGUACCCGACAUGAUCCGUCACUCGCCCGUCUUUGCAAAGACCUCAGCACAGCGCGCCCAUCUCGGCGGCAAGACUUCAGCCCGCGCUCCAGGGCGAGGGCGUGGUCGGGGUGGUCCCGCUGGCCCCGGUGGCGAGCGUGGUGAUCGAGGUGAACGAGGUGACCGAGGACGUGGCCGAGGUGCGACUCGAUAAAACAGUAAACAGACCGGAUAAACUUUUGCUGCGCGCGCGUGCCUGGAAGUUCGCACCCUGUCAACCCUUGCGUCCAUGGAGGUCCUUUUGCCUUUGAUUGCAUACAAAGCCACAGGCGAUGCGUCUGUUCAUGGGUGAUUUCACAGGUUGCAUACUGCUCCCGUCGUGUGUGGGUGUGCGUUGUUUGUUAUUAGUAUGUGUUGUUUGUUGUAUCACGAAAAGAGUUUUUUUGUUUUUUGUUUGUUUUUUUUUUUUUUCCUUUGGUUU